AUGGAGUCUAAUAACAAGCAUUUUCGUCAUAUUUUACUUUUUUAUUUCCGCAAAGGAAAAAACGCAGCGCAGGCUGCUAAAAAGUUACGUGACGUAUAUGGCGAGGAAGCCUUAAAAGAAAGACAGUGCCGCAAUUGGUUUGAUAAGUUCCGUUCUGGAGAUUUUUCACUCAAAGAUGAGCAACGUUCAGGUCAGCCAUUGCAAGCUGAUGAUGACCAAAUCAAAGCCAUAAUUGAGUUGGAUCGUCAUAUAUCUGAGCGGGAGAUUGGAGAGAAAUUGAAAAUACCAAAAUCAACAAUCCACGAUCAUAUAAAACGUCUUGAAUUGGUUAAAAAGCUUGAUAUUUGGGUACCACAUGAAUUGAAAGAAAUUUAUUUAACAAAGCGUAUCAAUGCUUGCGAUUCUCAUCUAAAACGCAAUGAAUUUGANUUGAAAGAAAUUCAUUUAACAAAACGUAUCAAUGCUUGCGAUUCUCAUCUAAAACGCAAUGAAUUUGAUCCUUUUUUGAAUCGAAUAAUUACUGGUGAUGAAAAAUGGAUUGUUUACGAUAAUAUUAAGCGAAAACGUUCAUGGUCCAAACGUGAUGAGCCACCACAAACCACCCCGAAAGCUGACAUUCACCAAAAGAAGAUUUUGCUAUCAAUUUCGUGGGAUUGGAAGGGUGCGGUAUUUUUUGAGCUCCUUCCAAGGAACCGAACCAUCAAUACGGAUGUCUACUGUCAGCAACUGGACAAACUGAAUGCAGCGAUUAAAGAAAAACGGCCAGAAUUGGUCAAUCGUAAGGGCGUCAUCUUCCACCAGGACAACGCUAGGCCACACACAUCUUUGGUCACUCGCCAAAAAUUAAUGGAGCUUGGUUGGGAAUUGAUGUUACAUCCACCAUAUAGCCCUGACAUUGCGCCGUCAGAUUACUAUUUAUUUCGAUCCUUGCAGAACUACUUGGAUGGUAAAACUUUUAAGGAUGAUGAAGCUGUGAAAUCGCACUUGGAUCAAUUAUUUGCCGAUAAAAACCAGAAGUUCUACGAACGUGGAAUUAUGAA